AUGGGGAUGAAGGCCAGAGGCUUGAGCGUCCCUUUGCUGCUGUUGCUGGUGACUGUGGUUGUGAUGGCUAAGGUGUAUCAGAUCCAGAGGUGGGGGGGUUUCAAGGAGAAGGCCACGAGCAAAAAAAACAUCAACUCGACACUCCGUUUCUUCAUCCAGUCUUACAACAACGCAAGCAAUGACACCUACUUGUUUAAAGUUCAGAAGCUAGUCCAAAGUCAGAUGCAGUUGACGACGGGAGUGGAGUAUUUGGUUACUGUGAAGAUUGGCAGGACCAAAUGUAAGAAAAAUGAGACGAAGAAAGCCUCCUGUCCCAUGCAAAGCAGCAAGCUGAAAAAGAGCCUGACUUGCACAUCAUUGAUAUACUCUGUACCCUGGAUGAACCACUAUCAGCUCUGGAACAGUUCCUGCCAGGAGAACCGAGUGUCUGUGUAA